AUGGUAUAGAGGGUUAUGUUGGUAUUGAAACUUAAUUCAAACAAGGUAGUACGAUAUAUUCCUCUGAAUAUAAAGAUAGAAGUGGACGCGCGAAUCGAAAACACAAAAAUGAAGUCGGGAAUCAGGAGCGGAGCCUGGGGUGGAAGAAACAUGCAGCUGAUAGGGACGUUCUUGAGUUUCGCGUCAAGAGGGGAUAGAGUAGGCCUAAACCAGAUGUUGAGGCAGGGUAUUUCUCCCAAUGUGCAGGACUAUGAUAAACGAACUGCUCUCCAUCUUGCUGCUAGUGAAGGACACGCCUCCAUUGUUGAGCUUCUUCUGGCUUACAAGGCUGAUGUUAAUCUCAGUGAUAGAUGGCGACGCACUCCCUUGACAGAUGCGAAAUUGUAUGGGCAUCGUGACAUAUGCAGGAUCCUUGAGGUUUAUGGUGGCAAGGAUUCCAACAGCGAUCAUCCUUUGACUGUUCGGCGUGAAGAGGAUUCAAUUGAAGUGAACAUUGACAUAUCUGAACUGAACUUGCAGCACUCAUCAAUGAUUGAGCAGGGUUUAUUUGGGGAGUCGGAAAAGGUCAAAUGGCGUGGAACAUGGGUGGUCAAAACAGUAAUCAAAAGGGUGUUCUCUGCAAAGGUCAAUACUUUGCUGCGGGAACUUCGACAUCCAAAUAUUCUACAGUUUCUUGGAUCAAUUGUACAUGGAGACGAAAUGAUCUUGAUCACUGAGUAUUUGCCAAAAGGGAAUUUGCAAGAUAUUUUGAGAAAGCGCCUUGACCACCCAACUGCUUUGCGCUAUGCACUUGACAUUGCUAGGGGAAUGAAUUACCUCCAUCGGCACAAGCCUUUGCCUAUAGUUCACAAUAACUUGCAUCCAAAGAACUUGUUACUAGAUGAAGGUGGCCACUUGAAGAUUGGCGAAUAUUGGGUUCAAAUAUUGGAUAACCGGAUAUAUGCAAAUCAAGACUCUUGCCAAUUAAACAACGGAUGUAACUUUAUCAGCCAUUUGUCUCAUGACAUUAGCAAAGAUAUUUAUUCAUUUGGUCUCAUCUUUUAUCAGAUGCUUCAAGGAAGACAAAUAACUGACAGGAACUCUGAUUUGGAGAAAAAGUUGUAUACAGGUCGAUACCCCAGCAGAAUUCUUCAGUUAAUAGAGGACUGCACCAGCACAGUUCCUUCUACGAGACCAUCAUUUGCUACUGUAAUAGAAAUCCUAGAAGAAGUCUCUUUAUUAUCAAGAAAAGCAGGUUGUCCGCCGUGUAACAAAGCAAAAGCCCCAAGUAAAGAAAUUUGCUUAGUAUUAAAUAAGUCAGUGAAGAACACUUCUGAUUCUGGUUCAUGAAUCUAAUGAAAAGUUUAUGAG